AUUCUCCUCUUCACGUUUCAGACGGUCAUUUCUGCCACCGAAAAAGAUACAGAGGGAGAGAGAGAGAAGCGUUCAUUCCUGCCAUCUGCUGCUGCUGCUGCGGGAUCGUCGGGACAUUGGCACAGAAAUCAGCGCCUUUGAGUUAUUUUAACAAACUGACAGAAGGGUGUGUCACACUGAGCAGAGAGCCAGCCUUCUGUCUUUUGUGGUACUACCCCUUGUUCUGGUGUCAAAAUGGCCACAGGCCAAGGAGACAUCCCAGCACUUGAGUCUGGCAUGUCUGGCCUCUGUGUUGCCUUAUCAUCUCCCGCUGGAAUAGCUCGCCACAACAUCAACUACGAUGAGCACAUGGAUAUCCCCAUGCAUCACCCUCCUGCAGACAUGACAGUAAACAACUUCUGGAAAGACCCUGUUAUCCCUCGGCACAGGUUCAGGAACAAAGAGGUAAAUGAGAAUGGUGACAAGAAAACAUGUGAAGCAUCAUUACCACCCAAGUCCCCAGGGCCUGUUGUAAAGGCCAAAGCCACCACACUGAUGAGUUGCCUUAUGUCAAGACAAUCCCAAGAAAACCUUCAGAAGUUUGAGCACCAGGCAGGACUGACAGAGGCUGUUUAUUCCCCCCACAAGGGCCUCACUGCUGAAGAGACCCAGUUCCAUAGAGUAUCUGAUGGCAAAUUGCCAAAGUUGAGAAUGCCGGGGGACUUCAAGGAGGACUGGCUUUCAACAUCUGCACAAUCGACCCCAAGUGGCACGCCUUCAGUCACCCCCUCUGUUACCCCCAGUGUUACCCCUCUCUCAUCACCAGCUGUUAAUCGCAGGAACUGGUUCCAGCUGAGUCCAACCCAUUAUAUUACUGCACCUGAGCCUAAUAGACCCGACCUUAACAUAGACAUGGGAGGAAACGAAGGAGGAGGAGGAGGAGGUCUGGAUAAGUGGAACUUCUUUGGAACCCGGUCUGUGGUCCACAAGUCCCCCACGGACCCAGGCUCUGAAACCAGCACAGGCUUCUCCCUGCAGUCCUACUUCGGUCUGCAGAAGUCUUCUACGAUGGAUGGCACCAACACACAGAUCAGCCAAAAAGUGGAGGAGCCUGCCAAAUUCAUGCCCCCCAAGAUUGAAAUCUCGGACACUGGGUCGAAGCGGAUUUCUCCACGGCCCCACAAACUGAAACCUCGGGACAUGAAUGUUUUAACACCGUCAGGCUUUUGAGGCCAGCCCAGACGUCUACUUCCCUCCUCCCCACGCCCUACGUGGUUGCUAAUUUACUUUCCUGUCCUCUUCUGCCUCCUCUACUUCCCUGCAAAUUCCUUGAGAGGCUAAGAGGAAUGAGGACCACCUGAGAGUGCUGGCUCAUCACCCCCAUGAGACGCCACCGCAAUGUUACACUUCCCAUCAGACAUUUUCAUUUGUCCAUCUUUUAGGUAGUUUUCUUCCUUGGCCUACCAACUCAAUGUGCAAUUUAAAUAAUAAAAAAAAUGGAAUAAGCGAUUUAAUUUGUGACCUUUAAGAUGCUUUGUUUAAUUGAUGUGUCACUUUGUGGAUGCGUCGGAAUGAACUGACCUGGUUCCAUUGUUUGCAAUGGUGUGAGAUUGGAAGUUAAAUAUAUUCUCUGGUCUUUGCAAAAAUUAGUCACUUUACUUUGCUUCCUUUACUAAAAUGGAACUCCUUUUUUUUAGUUUAAAAUGCUCCGAUGCCUGUUUUAUAAUUAUUUUUUGUUGUUGUUGUAAUGUUAAAUAAACUGAUAGAUUUACUGAUGUUGUAGUGCUUCUCUCUGUCUGCAUGCAGAGUAUAGCAUGGUGUAUGACUGAUAAUGUGCUUAAACAUGCAGAGUGUGCUUGCUUUUGGCAGAAGAGUUGGGUCCUUGUUUUUUAUUAUUUGAAAGAGUGUGUUGUGCUCUGAAAUAUGACUGUUGUGAAUUGUUUUUAUAUUGUUUUAAUUCCUUAACUUUCAUAUUGUCCUGCUUUAAUUCAAUUUUGUUUUAAGGUAGUUGGUAGUAUUAAUACUUUGGAUUUAUGGUGCAGCAACAAAACUACUGCAAUGCAAAACAAGCUACACUGCACAUUAGCAUUGAAGUGGUUGAUUUUCUUUUUUUUUUUCAUUGUGUGUUCAAGAACUGAGCUGGAUUGAUGGGAAGAAGUUGAAUUCUGCCAAGUAAUUGCACAAGGGAGCAAAUCCCCUACUGGCAUCUGAAUAAUAAAUCAUUCAAAGCAAAUAAA